AGUUCGUCGAACACGUCACGCGCGUGUUGCCAUCGUGGCGAUUCCAACACCGCUUGCAAAGUGACGCUUGGCCCGGUUGACGGGUAACGUGUUGGUGAUUUUUCGUUCAGUCGACUUGCAAUUGCACAGCCGUCACGAAAAUUGUUCGCUCCUGCCAAGCUUGAAUUAUAUUUAUAUCAACUCAAAACCCAAUCCACAUUAUCAACAUGGACCAGAUUAGGAGCACCCUUCAGCCCUGCCAAUAUUUCAUCAAAGACUCCAUCAGAUUAGUCAAGCGAUGCACAAAACCCGACCGAAAAGAAUUCCAGAAGAUUGCAAUUGCCACUGCUAUUGGCUUCUGCAUCAUGGGAUUCAUUGGCUUCUUUGUUAAACUCAUCCAUAUACCUAUCAACAAUAUCAUUGUUGGAUCAUAAAUACUUAAAAUUAACUUAUUUCUAUAUAUACCUAUAAAAAGCAAUCUUGUGUUGAAUACAAUGUGUUUUUCUAUAUCAUUUGGUGAAUUCUUCAUCUUUGUUCCACUAUAUUUUCAUAAUAUUGAUAUAAGUGUUGAAUUUAUUUAUCAGCAAAAAUAAAAUUUUAUAUGUAAUCUAAAGAA